AUGAAGUUCUCUGCAUCGAUUGCCAUCGCCAGUGCGGUCGCGCACACGCUUUCCCAUCCCCAGUUCCUAUCCACCCGCGAGUUUGUUCCUCAGGAGUGGAUUGCCCCAGCUUCUGAUGCCUCUCGCGGUCCGUGUCCCGGACUCAACACUUUGGCCAACCAUGGGUACAUUCCCCGCGACGGCAAGAACAUCACCCUUGAUAUCCUCAAGGACGGAAUGCUUACAGGUUACAAUAUUGAGCACCUCGAUGCUGUUAUUCUUUUCACACAGGCUAUCAAGACUAGUCACAAGUACCCCAACACCCGUAGCUUCGAUUUGGCUGACCUCGGUCGCCACAACAUCCUCGAGCAUGACAUUUCUUUGAGCCGCUCUGACGCUUUCUUUGCUGAUCCGAAUCCGUUCAACGAGACCGUCUGGGCCGAGUCACUUACCUACUUCCCCGACGAUCUGAUGACAGUCGAGCAAGUCGCCAAGGCGAGAAUGGGCCGCUUAGCAACAUCCAAGAAGACCAACCCUGAGCACUCUCUGUCUAAGCUAGCUGAUGGUUUCAGCUGGGGCGAGAUGGCAUCCUUCUUUGAGAUCAUGGCUGAUGGCACCACCGGCACGGUGGAGAAGAAGUUUAUUGAGUACUGGUUGAAGAACGAGCGCAUGCCGACGGAAAUUGGAUGGCAGCGACGAACUACGACCAUGCGAGGCAGUGAGCGUAUCGAGUUUACUAGAAAGCUCAUGCAGGCUGCUGGUGUUGCCCGUCGUGACAUCAAGAGUGAUGCCUACGGUCGUAGACUGGUUCUGUAG